CGGCGGCUGCGCUCUUUCGCUUUCGUCCACGCGUCUUACCUGUCGUCUCCCUCUCUCUCUCUCUGUCUCUCUCUCUGUUCAUAACUUCAUACGGUACGGAGUGCCCGUUGAGUUUUUUCUCUAGAAGAAGGGAAGGCGUGGACUUGGUAGGAGUCAAAGGGAAAUUGUGCAAAGCUCCCAACUUUGACGGGUCUUUGGUCAGCCAAGAAACGCAUUGGGCUUUCUUUGCUUGAAUUGAACAUGGAACGUGCGUUAUAAUUUCCCAACACGCGAUCUUGUCUUUUGUCGCUCUCUUUUUAUUACCCUGGUUCUUCUUCUUCUUCAAGAUCUUCAAGAAACCUUCGUGAGAUUCCAUUGCGACGGCCAUCACAAUCGCACACCUCGAUCCGGGUAAUAACUGCAUUUUGAGAGCUUGCUUAGUGGGGGUCAGUCUCGGGAGGCCUUGCAAGAUGGUUCAGCUCAAGGAAUUCCGAAUUGUCAUGCCACUGUCAUUGGAAGAAUAUCAGGUAGCUCAGAUGUAUGCGGUCACGAAGAUGCAACAUCAGAGCAGAACUGAUACCGAGGGGGUGGAUAUAUUGGAGAGUAGACGCUUUGAAGAUGGCGAAUUCGGAAAGGGUCAUUACACUUCUAAAGUCUAUCGCUUGCAGAGCAAAGUUCCUGCUUGGUUGACUACUUUUGCACCAGCAGAUGCUCUAAUCCUCCAAGAGGAAGCUUGGAAUGCUUUCCCAAGAUGUAAAACAGUACUCAAGUGUCCAUACUUUACAAAGUUCAGUCUAACUAUUGAAACCAUCCACAAGGCUGACAAUGGGAAAUCAGAAAAUGUUCAUGGACUAAGUGAAGAACAACUAGCAACCCAACAGGUGGAAACCCUUGAUAUAGCUUCAGCUACGAAAGAUUAUUGGAGUUACGCUAUUGGAAGCAGUGAUGUGGACUUCUCGAAAUUCAAGUCAGCCAGAACUGGACGUGGUCCUCUUUCAGAAGGCUGGCAGAGUAAGUGCAAUCCAGUUAUGACAGCGUAUAAGUUGGUGACUGUAGAUGCACCGUAUUGGGGUUUUGGUUACCGACUUGAACAAGCUAUGCUCUCGGCUGAAAGAGCUCUUUUUAUAGAAAGUCAUCGUAACUGUUUUAGCUGGAUCGACGAUUGGUAUGGAAUGACUGUACAGCGAGUACGUGAACUUGAACGCAAUUUGCUACAUGAGAGAAUUGCCACGCCAGGUGCCCUGAAGAGUGCCGAGGAUAGCGAGCGGCCUCAGCUAAGAUCAGAUCAGCGACCCAUUCCUGUGGAGCAAGAAUAGUCGUCUGAGCGUAUUAGCCUGUCAUUUGGUCUACUAGGCAUGUGUAUUCGGCCCUGCAGAUGUGAGGAAGGAGCAUGGUUCAUCCAGCCAUUGUCCAAAUUAAGUUACCUGGAUGUGGGAAACCCACUAUUAUGUAAAACUUUAUAGGAGAAUUGUUUAGAGGAUUCAAUUGAAAUGUCUUCAUGUCGUUUUCUACGUAUAAAAACAUUUAUAGAGGCGUGCGCACACGCAGACAUUUAUGUAAAACGCGUGCAUAUUCAUUAAGAAA